AUGGCAUCUACUUCUAUCUCAAUUGAAGAUCCUUAUACGCACAAUAGAGAGCAAGUAACAAUGAUAGUGUGUUCACCCAAUUUGAAAUAUAUUGCGACAUGGAGUGACAUGAAUAAAUCGGCAGUUUUUUGGAGUAUUCCUGAUAAUUUUGAUAAUCAACAGUUUAAUCAACAGCAAUUGAAGCCUGAACAUACAAUUUUAUUAGAAAAGUAUAAAGAUCGUAAUAAAUAUAAAGUUUAUUCGAAUAGUGACAUUGAACCUUCUAGUGACAGUGAAACUUAUGGUGACAUUAAAAAUUAUUUUACUGUUUCUGAUGAUAAGUUUGUUGCGAUGCCAAUUAAGAGAAUUGAAGUUGAGAGAAGUGAAACUGAGCAAGUUGAAAUUGAGAAAGCUAAAAGUGAAGCUGUUUCAAAAAUUGAAGAUAAAUGUGAUUUAAAGACUGCAAAAAAAUAUGGUUCAAGAGUUCAAAUAGGAAUUUUCAAUUUUAAAACCGAAGAAUACCUUUCUUUAAGCCUUCCGCAUUCUGAAAUUAUGGUUGAGUCCCUAGCUUUUUUAGACGAAAAUUAUUUAAUUAUGAUCAGUAAAUAUCCAUUGUGUAGGAUAUAUAUCUUCACUCAUGAAAAAAAUAAAUUUAUUCAUAAAUCAACGAUAAAAAUGGAAUCAUAUAACGAAAAAACGUUCUUAUCUAAUGGAAAACUGUUUAUAUAUGAUGAAAAUUUAGGAAGUAUUACUAAAUGGGAUAUUAAAACCUUAAAAUUUGAAGCAUACUUUUUAUUUGAUAAUAGUUUUAAUGUUGAUAAUAUGAAAAUGAGUGAUAAUGAAAUAUUAUUCUUUGUAUAUGGGACAAAACGUACGGGUAAUUUACAUAAAGAUCCUUAUCCAUGUAUAAGUAUCUAUUCUGCUGAUCAUGGAAAUAAGUUUACAACAUUCUAUCUGAUUGCUUCUGAUAUUGGAGCACGACUUCUUAUAGUUUACCAUAGGAAAAAUGAGGAAAGCAACAAAUAUCAUUAUUCUAUAUGUGAUCCAUUCGCUCCAUAUAUUCCAGAUGAAAGUUAUAUAAAUGCUGAUCAUCUAUUCAAGGAUUUUGAAGCAGAGCGUGAUAAAAAUUUUGAAUAUAAAUAUAUUGUAAAAUCUGAUAAAGUUGUAGGUUUUAUUAAAAAUGAUUUAGUAAUUAAAAAAUUAAUACCUGAUAAUUGGAUCUUCUAUUUAAGAGAAACAUUGAAAGAUUCCAACAGUAUUUUCAUAUCAUCAGAUAGUGAAAAAAUCAUAGAUUUAAUUAGACGUGCAGCUAAGGAUAUUGAAACAACUGUUGAAGUUGAAAAGACAUAUUCAAAAUAUUUUAUAACUUGGACUCUAAAGUAUGAAAAUAAUAAUAAAUAUAUUUUUCUUACGGCAAAAUUUAAAAACGAUAAAACUAGUAUACAGAUUGUUCCAGAAAUAUAUAUUAAUUCUGGUAUGGAUAAUAAAGGAUUUAUAAAUGAAUGUGACUGUCUUAAUAGCGGUGAUUUAGUCAUGAUUACAUUUUUGGGUGUAGAAAUUUGGACAUUUAAUGCAAAAGAUAAUAAAAUAGAGUUGAAAUAUUGUUGGAAUGAUGAGGGUGUUUGGGAUUGGGAUAAAGAAAACGUAAUCAAUCUUUUUAAUGAUGAGAAAAAAAUUAAGAAAAGAUAUUUCUUCCCACCAUCGUCAUAUAUUGGUAUAAUACGUUAUAGUUCUGUUUUUUCACAACCAUCACAACUACAUAAUAAAAAUAGUAAUGGUGAUAAAGAUAGGUUUUUUUUUAAUGAAUUAAUAGAAAAUCACAUUAAUAAUAAAUUCUUUCUAAUGCUUUAUGGAAAAAAACUUAUAGAAGAUAUUAUUAAAGAUGAUGAUGACGAACUGCUACGAAAGUUGUUUAAAGGUGAACUUCGUAAGUUUAUUGGUUAUAUUAAUUCCGAUGACUGGGAAGAAUCUACAAAGCCUAUUACCACUAGAAUUAUGAAGGUUAUUAAAGAUGAAGGACAAGAAUCAGAAACUGAAAAAAUCCAAAGCAUUAAAAAGACAGUUGAAGAUCUAAAAGAAAUGUUAGCAAAG